GCCCGGUUGUAAGCGGAUUAGCAGCCACAUGACCACCCUCCCCUCACUACCACCGCCCCGGAGCCUCCCGCUGACGGUCGGUCGGGGCGCGGACGUGCGCGACAGAGGUCAGGCGCAGCACGCUCUUCCCCAGUCAUCCUCCCGACCGGCCCAGCACCAGCAGACGAGCACAAGCAAGCAAACUAGCCGUUACCAGUGGCCUGACCUGACUUUACUGUGCCUUAAAAUGCGAAAAGUAAUCCGUUUCUGCUAAGUAUCUUUUGAUUUAAUCACCGUUACUCUGAGGAGUUUUGUUUUUAGGACUAUUUUUAAAGUAUAUUUGCUCAAGGAGCCUUUGGAUUACUGAACAACUCGAAGUGUGACAGAUAACAAAGAGGCCCCAGGGCCCCGGCACUGAAAGCUGGCUGAACUUUUGAACCGCGGAGCUGGGAAACACUGCUCCUGCGGCAAGCCGAAGUGGAUUUCCUCACGCCUGCGGGGCCCGAGUGACCUGCCGAUGCAAAGGCCUCCUUCCUCAGCGUUCCCUCGCCAACGCUAUCCCUGCGAAUAACACGCCAAAGAGAUGGAGUUUUUAACCCUUUCUCCAGAGAUCCACUGCUUUUCAGAAUUACUUGACUCCAGUGAUGGCGAUGAAGAUGAAAUGCUAGUAUGUGAAGAAGAUUUAGAACUUAAUCCUUUCGAUGGCUUGCCUUACUCUUCCCGUUACUAUAAACUUAUGAAAGAAAGAGAAGAACUUCCAGUAUGGCAAGUGAAAUACACUUUUAUGGAAAGUUUGCUUCAUAAUCAAAUCGUGAUUGUGUCAGGAGAUGCUAAGACUGGCAAGAGCUCUCAGAUUCCUCAGUGGUGUGCUGAGUACUGCCUUUCUGUCCACUAUCAACACGGUGUAGUCGUAUGCACCCAGGUGCACAAGCAGACAGCAGUGUGGCUGGCGUUGCGUGUAGCUGAUGAAAUGGAUGUCAAUGUUGGCCAUGAAGUGGGUUAUUUUGUCCCAUUUGAAAACUGCUGUACAGCAGAAACUAUCCUGAGAUACUGUACAGACGAUAUGCUACAAAGGGAAAUGAUGUCUGUUCCUCUUCUGAACUACUAUGGAGUCAUCAUCUUGGAUGAUGUGCAUGAAAGAACUGUUCCAACUGAUGCAUUACUUGGCCUUCUUAAAGUUGUCUUGGUAUCACGACCAGAACUGAGGCUGGUAAUACUCACUGCUCCUCACAUGUCCAGCAAACUGCAGAAUUACUAUGGUGCUGUCCCCUUCAUAAGAGUGGAAAACAAACACCGCACAGAGGUUGUAUACACUUGUGGCAUUCAGAAAGACCAUUUUCUGUCUGCACUAAGACUGCUCUUUGAGAUACACCAUACAAAAGAGAAGGGUGAUAUUGUGAUCUUUCUGGCGUGUGAACAGGAAAUUGAGAAAGCCUAUCAAAUUAUCAGACAAGAAGAGUCUAAUUUAAAUCCUGACCUUGGAGAACUCAUCCCAAUUCCUUUAUACCCAACAAGAAAAGACCUCAUUACCAAACCAAACCUAGAUAAACCAAAAUGCUGCAAAGAGUACAGAAGAAAAGUGCUACUAACCACAAGUUUCGGAGAAUCUUUAGUUUGGAUUAAAAAUGUAACAUUUGUCAUUGAUGUCGGAGUUGAAAGAAGAAAGGUAUACAAUCCUAGAAUCAGAGCAGACUCUGUUAUAACGCAGCCUAUCAGCAAAAGUCAAGCAGAGAUGCACAAACAAAUUCUGGGAAUGUCUUCAUCAGGAAAACUUUUCUGCUUGUACCCUGAAGAAUUUACAUACAAAGAAAUGAAACCACAUCUACCAGCCAAAAUACAGGAAUCAAACCUAACUAGCAUGGUUCUCUUCCUAAAGAGGAUGGAUAUAGCAGGCUUAGGACACUGUGACUUCAUAAGCAGGCCAGCUCCUGAAAGUCUAAUGCAGGCUUUGGAAGACCUUGAUUAUCUAGCAGCCCUGGAUAAUGACGGAAACCUUUCAGAAUUUGGAAUUAUCAUGUCAGAAUUUCCUCUGGAUCCGCAACUGUCAAAGUCAAUUUUGGCUUCAUGUGAAUUUGAAUGUGUUGAUGAAAUGCUCACCAUUGCAGCCAUGGUAACAGCUCCCAAUUGCUUCUCACACGCACCUCCUGGAACAGAAGAGAUUGCUCUUACUUGCUGGCGAAAAUUCUCGCACCCUGCGGGAGAUCACUUUACUCUUAUCAAUGUCUUCAAUGCUUUCAAGGAAGCCAGUGGAAACUCCACAAACCAAUACUACAGUAAUGAGAAAUGGUGUCGUGAUUAUUUUCUAAGCUGUUCCGCACUGAGGAUGGCAGAAACUAUUAGAGCUGAACUAGUAGAGAUUAUGAAGCGCAUUGAACUUCCCAUUUCAGAACCGGACUUUGGAUCAGAAGAAAAUAUACUAAGCAUAAAGAAAUCUCUUGUAUCUGGUUACUUUAUGCACAUUGCUCGUGAUGUAGAUGGCUCAGGAAACUACUUAAUGCUAACACACAGACAAGUAGCUCAGCUUCAUCCUUUCUCAUCGUAUUAUAACACCAGAAGGAUUCCUGAGUGGGUUCUAUUCCAUGAGUUUAGUAUAUCAGAAGACAAUUCUAUCAGAGUCGUCUCCGAGAUAUCACCUGAUCUAUUCGUGGAGCUGGCACCUCAGUAUUAUUUUACCAAUCUUCCUCCUAGUGAAAGUAAGGAUAUUCUGCAGGAAGUGAUCGAUCAUUUGUCACCUGUUUCAACAACGAAGGAGGAACAGAAAACUAACUAUGACAAAAAAGAAUGUGGAACAUAUCCCCAAAGUCCCACUGAGCAAAGAUGUAUGAUUCAAUGA